CGGUGCAGAAAACGAGCUGGACGCGUCCGCUUGGAACAACGGCCGGCGUACCGGAGGACUCACCCGGGGACUGCAGGAGAGGGAGGCGGCUGACAGGCGUUAACAGCGAGUCUUUCCCCGGGGACAACCUCCUCAACCAUCCUCAAACCGCGGCGAAGGCAGCGGCGCGAGCGGUCGACGAACCCGCUCCUUCUCCUCCUUCCCUCUCCUCUCCUCUGCUUUCGGCACCGCAAGAGAGACAGCAGCGAUGUUGCCGCUAAACGUCUAGGAUUUCUCCCCGUUGUCCGUUUGUUUGACGCGACUGUAAAUAACACUGCUCAGAGACUAGAAGCGACAACAGCGGGUUUCACUAUGGUUUUACUGGCGGUCCGCAGUAGGAGAUGUGUUAAUAGCUGCUGUAUGGGGACGUUAUGCUUGCAGUUGUUGCUGUGGAUUUUAUGCGCCGUGAACGGAGAGGAGCAGCCGUUCAGUGUGGAGGCAUGGCUCCAGAGGUAUGGUUACCUCCCUUCUGCAGACCCCAGAAUGUCAGUGCUGCGUUCUGCUCGAGUCAUGCAGUCCGCUAUUGCUGCCAUGCAGCGCCGCUACGGCCUCAAUGUCACAGGGACCCUGGACAGCAACACUAUAGAGUGGAUGAAGAAGCCCAGAUGUGGUGUCCCUGACCAGAUAGGAGGUGCAACCAAAUUCAGUGUCAGGAAACGGCGGUACGCCCUUACGGGACAAAAGUGGCAACACAAACAUAUCACAUACAGCAUAAAGAACGUGACACCUAAAGUGGGUGCGGAGGAGACCCACGAUGCCAUUCGGCGAGCCUUUGACGUUUGGCAAAAUGUGACGCCGCUGCGCUUUGAGGCUGUGCCCUACAGCGAGCUGGAGAGGACCAAGAAAGACGUGGACAUCACCAUUAUCUUCGCUUCAGGUUUCCAUGGCGAUAGCUCGCCGUUUGACGGCGAGGGCGGCUUCCUGGCACACGCCUACUUUCCAGGGCCGGGAAUAGGAGGCGACACACACUUUGACUCAGAUGAGCCGUGGACUCUGGGAAACCCCAACCAUGACGGUAACGAUUUGUUCCUGGUAGCGGUCCACGAGCUCGGCCACGCGCUGGGCCUUGAACACUCAAAUGAUCCCACGGCCAUCAUGGCUCCUUUCUACCAGUACAUGGACACUGACAACUUCAAACUGCCCAUGGACGACCUGCUGGGCAUCCAGAAGAUUUACGGGCCUCCUGAUAAGAUUCCUCAGCCCACCAAGCCUUUGCCGACGGCGCCCCCUCCCCGCUCCCAUCCUCCUUCAGACCCCCGCAAGCCAGACAGGCAGACACGACCUCCGAGGUUGCCCCCAGGAGAUAGACCGUCCCACCCCAACGCUAAACCCAACAUCUGCGAUGGAGGUUUCAACACCCUCGCCAUACUGAGGAGAGAGAUGUUUGUCUUCAAGGACCACUGGUUUUGGCGGGUGAGAGAUAACUCGGUGAUGCCAGGAUACCCCAUGCUCAUCAGUGUUUUCUGGAGGGGCCUGCCGCCCAAGAUAGAUGCCGUCUACGAGAACAGCGAGGGCAAGUUUGUCUUUUUCAAAGGCAAGCAGUUCUGGGUGUUUAAGGACACAGUGUUGCAGUCUGGAUACCCCAAGGACAUCGCCCAGUUCGGCCACGGCAUGCCGGCUCAGAGCAUCGAGGCGGCCGUGUGGUGGGAGGACGUGGCCAAGACCUACUUCUUUAAAGGCGACAGGUACUGGCGCUACAAUGAGGAAAUGAGAACCAUGGACCCUGGUUAUCCCAAGCCAAUCACAGUGUGGAGAGGUGUGCCUGAUUCGCCGCAGGGGGCCUUCGUCGACAAAGCCAAUGGUUUCACCUACUUCUACAAGGGCAAGGAGUACUGGAAGUUCAACAACCAGUUCCUGCGCGUGGAGCCGGGCUACCCGCGUUCCAUCCUCAAGGACUUCAUGGGCUGCGAGCUGACGCCCAUCGAUCCCGCCCGGCCGCCGACCGAUGACGGCAACUCGGACGUGGUGAUCGAGCUGGACAAUGAGGCGAACACGGUGAAGGCCAUCGCCAUCGUCAUCCCUUGCGUGCUCGCGCUGUGCCUGCUGGUGCUGAUCUACACUGUGGUGCAGUUCAAGAGGAAGGGUACGCCACGCCACAUACUGUACUGCAAACGCUCCAUGCAGGAAUGGGUCUGAAGCAGCAGAAAGAGAUGAGAAGGUGGGGUGGCAGAAGAGACAGGUUAAAACAGGAUGACAGCCCCCACUUCCACAGAGGAGGACAGUGGACUUUGGACAACUUUAGUGAAAACACAUAGCCAUGCCUCCUCCCUUUGGGUGAUCUGAUACCUUGGUUCAGACCCGUAGAAACAGCCAAACAGCCUGUCAGCGGUCCCUCACGCAGAAGGUGACCCCAGGACUUAAAGUCGACUUCGUGAGCCCCCAGCCUUUUUAACAAACAGGGGAGCAGGGGGACAGUUUGCCUGAAAUGACCUUCAAUCCCAGUCAAAAAAAAAAAACAGGAGGGUCGGCAUCACUUUGUAUCUCAGAAACUUGACUUCCUGCCCCGUUCUUCUUUUAAUUCUUUGCCCGACUGCUCUUAAUCAGAAGGAGGACUUUCAGGGGGACACGCACUCUUCCCACGGGGCACUGCAUUGCCAUCUGUCAUAUCAGGUUGUUGAUUAAACAACAGUUUUAUAUUUUCUGAUCUUGUCCCCCCCAUUUCAUACUGCGCUGAAAAGAUAAACACGACUUAAUCAAUCCCCUUUCUGUUCUUUUUUAACGUUUUUAUUUGAAUUCUUUUCAGAAAGGAGGUCCUCACUGUUCCCUUUAACACGCUCCUGAGGAAGAGACCAAACUAAACCAAAUAAUCAAUUUCUCUCCAAAGAGGAUCACUUUUUUUUUCUUUGGCCUUUUCUUCCCCUCAUUUCAGUUCAUCCUUCCUUCUCUUCUCUGGAUCCUUGCAGCGAUUAAGAGUCGGGGAGCUCUGACUGUUGUGGCAGUCUGUUUGAGACACAGGGGCCAAAUUAUUCUGCAAUAUUUUAACUCGCCUUAAUUAUAGAUCAUACUACUUGUGCUUGGUUUGCUGUUCUUGGAGUUGUUGUUUUUUCAAUUUGUAAACCGCUUUUGUUUUUAUUUGUUUGUUUGUAACAGAAGCUAAUUGUGAGCUUCCUGUGAUUGGUUUUUCUUGAUUUUAUUACGUUACCCAGAAUUCUCAGCACUGGCUUGCUGAGCCAUUCUGGAUAAAAUAUACAGUUAGGGUCAGCCUGUAUUGAGAGUAAUGUAUUGUAUCGUAAAAAGAUGUCGGAAGGUUCUGGAGUUAAGCCACUAUUUUUGUGUGUUAAGAUAUUUGUUACUGUUACUUUUAUCAUUUCCAUCAACGGAAGUCAGGCUGAUUAUGAGCUUGAGAGUCUUGUUAUUGGAUUUGCUGAUGUUAUUUUGUGUCCUUGGCCCAUAUUCCCCUCAGUUUAAAGACGCGUGCAUCCAAAAUGGUCAUUCUGUAUGGUUAUUUGUGAAUGGACAGACCAUUUUUUAAAAGAAUCCUGUUAACUGCCUUGUUUGAGAGAGCUCACAGUUCCAAGAAUGCUCUUGUCUCCUGACUGAGGACCCACAAAGUGAGACACCAAGUCAAGAUCAGUGCCUGUGUCAACGUGCAUGCAAGCAUUUACAUACUGUACAUCCAGCCGGUUCUGCUCAAUGUGGCUUUGGAACCCCUCAAAAGCUGAGGAGGAAGUUUUCUCUUGAAAAUACUGUUUGCAUUUAUUUUUGUACAUUUGAAGUGCACCCCAACCCCUUCCACCUUCCCUCCAGGUACAAUUAAAUCUAAGAAAAAAAACUAAGAGAUUCUAGUGGUACAUGUGGGAAAUCUUUGGGAGAUCUGAUGAGUGAUUGGCAAAUCAAAUUGGCCUCAACAAACCAACUAACCAUAGGAAACAUGUAGUGUUGUUGCCGUCGUGGCGAGCAUCUUUGAAUGUGUGUCUGUUUUCAUGAUCACAUACUGCUUUUUCCUUUCUUUCCUGUUUUCUGCUCAAAACAAAUUGGACAUGUCACCAUGACUUCUUUGUGUAAGACUUCGGGACAAUGGGGAAACGUGUCCUGACAGAAUGAAUAAAUUGAUCAAUAUAUGAUUAAGCGCUGCCUCGAACUCUCUUCUCAUCUUUGAACUUGUGUGGAGCGUAUGUGUGUUCAGUGAGCAUCCCUGCUGUUUGUACAUUUGUCUCCCCCACGUCUGAUUUUGCUGACUGUCUGCUUGCUAUGUUUGUGAGCGUCUAGGUGUAUGUUAUCUGCAGCUGUUAGAUGCUGUGAAUACAGCAGGGUGGUGUUCAGUUUGGUUUGCAUGCAGUCCGGAUGGUGAAACUGGGCUUUGAAACUUGCAAAAAGACGGAACAUGAACACCCAGAAUCUGUGUUGAGUGCUCGUGUCCACCAACCAAUUGAUCUCAUGACUAUUUACUGAAAAACAGAAAUUUAACAUUCAUGACACCACAAAAUAUGCCAUGCUGUGCCUAAUACUAACAGCAGCAUGCUAACAUGCUCACAAUGACAAUGCUGAUUUGCAGGUAUGUUAAUCAUGUUCACCUUAGUUUCGUAUAUUUGCGUGUUAGCAUUUGCUACUCGAGUACAGCCAAUGAAAUCUAUCUAUUAUUGGUGCAUCUUAAUUCCAAACAGGAACGCAUUUGUCGUGUCCUGGACUUUUGGGUCGACGUUUUUUACAUCAGCCACCAAAGAAAUCCUGGGAAAAGUGUACUGUUAAUGUCAGUUUACAGGCUAAAUAGCUAAUUAGCUGCUCAGCUGCAGCACACUAAACAGCGUGUAAACAUACCCGCAAAUGUCACCUGGGUGUGAUUAGACGCUGGUGUGGUCUUCACUCUUCAAUACCAAUAACAUGCUGUCUGCCCAUGGCACGUAUGCUACAGUGCAAGUACAGUUUGCCCUGCUGCCGUCAAUCAAACACAGGCAGGGAUGCGCCCCACGACCCUGCUGAAAUGAAAAGGACCGUUUCUGCUAGACCUUUCUUCUUCCUUUUUCAUAAUCAAACUAUUGCCAAUGCAUUUGAGUUCAAGCAACUUGUAACUUGGCUGGAACCAGUGUGUCCUAAGAGGACAGAGGGCUGGCACACAGUACAUAAAGAUAUUGACUCAAACUGCAGAGAACUCUGAACUCCAGAGAUAAACCCAGCCAGAAGCAGGAAAGAAAAACAAAAAGUAGCAUUUGAUCAGAGAAAACUGUACACAUGUUGAUCCGGGCCCCAGAGCUCAGCUCCUCUGGUGUUGUGUGUUGCUGUAUUUUUGGGUGGCUUGUUUAAAAUCAGUGCUUUAGAUGUACGAUCCCAGUGCUGCCAUUUAUUGUGCAUUGAAUGCGAAACAGGAGCCGUCUACCGCCCGCUAGUGUUUAUUCAAGCUUUGCUGGGACACAUUUGACAUAUAGUUACUGACAACAAAGAAGGUGUAAAUCAAACCAGUUUACACAAACUGAGUCUGUGUAUGUGUGUGUGUGUGUGAAAUUACACUCUUAGGGAUAGCAGUUCAUUGGCUCUCAUCGCAGGACUGUUCAGUGGUGAAAUUGCCUCUCUGCUUUUAGACAAAGGCAUUAUAUGGUCAGCUAUGUUUAGACUGGUGCUUUUUCCUGAGGUUUUGUCUCAUUGUCUAUUCUCUCUCCAUCCCUGCGAAGACAGACUUUGAGUGUCUGUUCCCUACAGAUGUGCAUACUGUAUGUACUAGUCCUGUAGUAAUGAUACAACAGUUAAGUGUUAAAAAGCCAGUCAGCAGUCUUUCUUUUACUUCUAUUUGUUAAUCUGUGUGUACAUGUGUGAGCGUGCUCUGAGCAGAGUGCAGUGUGGGUGUUACAGAAGUAAUAAGUUGGUCCACAAACCCAAUCUUGCUUUGCCCGCCUGUGCGUAUCUGUAUAUCUGUGUCUGGCUUUUUAUAAGUGAAUCUCUUUCUGCAUCUUGAUCCUGUGCAUGCUUACUGGACUGUGUGUGUGUGUGUAUAUGCGUGUGUGUGUGUGUGUGUGUGUGUGUGUGUGUGUGUGUGUGUGUGUGUGUGUGUGUGUGUGUGUGUGUGUGUGUGUGUGCGUGCGUGUGCGUGUGCGUGUGUGUGUGCGUGUUUGCAAGCAUGUCAACCUCACAACUGGAGCCAGGACAAAUCCCCGUGGACUCAGCAGCCUCUUUUGCGACUGCCAGGCUAAAACAUUGGUGCUAAACUGACCGACACUGGCCAGGGCUGUUUUUCUAUGGUGCUAUUUUUGUCAGCCCUCCUCCUCCUCCUGUCACUGGUUCAAAACUUGAGUGAUUACAACGAGAACCAAAGUAAUAAAUUUUCAUUUAACCCGAGUCCUUACAGUGCACUGCUUAAUGGCCCCCUCAUAGGUUAAGGACCGUAUAUCCUCGUGGUGGUCAUUAGCACGGCACAGUGAAGCAGCUGAAAGAAGCUUGUUGAAGGUCUGAAGGGGUCAAGCUGCUGCUCUGGCCCACAUGAAAAAGGUUAAAACAUAUAUAGGGAACACACACUGAGAUUAAUGGUUGUUUACUUGUACUGUGUUCUGCAGCAGGGAGGCCAGCGGAUCUUCCAUAUUCAGAGACAACAUUAUAACAUCGCUUGCCAACGACUCAUGUUGCCACUUUCAGUUUUCAUGUGUUUGUUGGAUCAUUCUGUUAGUCUGGUGACAUUUAAUGUGUGUACUGUAUGUGAAUGACAUCCCAGCACCUCCUUUUCUGCUCGCUCAGUGUCAGAAUUGACUCUGGGCUAAACCUUGGGUCUGUCAAGCUUUGGCUUUCUCCAUACAGCAAAGCAGUGUGCAUGGGGCUGUAUUCAAAGAGUCGUGUACCUCUCUGCAACCAAAAUCACAAGAUAAGAGGUGUAAGGAAUGAACAUGAGCUAUUGUUAGCACGUCCAGCCUACCUGCAGUAGUGAUUGACCAAGAAGGAGAUCAUUAACCGACGAGGUUAGUUGUGCAAAAACGUUGGACGUAGGAAAAAGGUUGUGGCGGAUGAAACGCAGCGGUUUCACCCAGGAGACUUACUAAAAAUGAACACUGACUUAUUAUUGUAGACUCAGUUGACUGAUUGUUCUCAGUUUUUAGGAUGUAUAAAGCUGCUGAAUGGACACUGAGCCCUGCUCAGCGCUACAUACUGCUCCACCCUGAGGACACACGUGAAAUACCGCCUUACGCUUUUCCAUAUAAUACUUGGGACUUGAGACACCUUGUUACAGGGUUCUCGUUUUAAAACAAGUCAGCUGGAAACACCACAAGCAGCCUUUUCAAGCAUUUCAUGGAGCUAGCAUUAGCUUGAUUAGCUAGCAAAUCAAAUCUGCUAGAAACAGCUGUCAUUUCAGGCAGCAUGUUCGCUGGCUGGACAUGAGAAGCCAGCUUUGGUUCAGGAGGUAAAUCUGCCACCGUUAUCUGUAGAAACUGCACAUGUCCCGUGUGAGAAUGGAAAGCUUGACAGGCACAGCCGCCGUGGGGGAUGGGGCAUAGCGGAUGGUCACUUGACCUGUCAUGUCAUGUCAUGUAUGGGGAGGCACUGUGGUGACAUCCAUUUAAGAAAAUGUCUAUUCUUUUUCUCCCAUUUUUCCACUGAACGUCUCUCCGCAUCGUUCCUCUGUUGUAGUUGUCUUUUGAAGCACUGCUCUGUCGA